CUCGCCGCCGUCGCAGCUUCCCAAUCUCCGGAGAUGGCGGCGACCACGCUCAUGGGCUCGCCGUGGCUCCGCAUCAGGCUGCUCCCGGAGGUGCCCCUGCCCCUGGCCCCGCGCCUGCGCCCCCACCUCCUCCGCCGCCGGGCCUUCUCCGCCCUCGCCGCCUCGCCGGAUACCGCCGGCCCGGUCCGCGUCCGCUUCGCGCCCUCGCCCACCGGCAACCUCCACGUCGGGGGCGCGCGCACCGCGCUCUUCAACUACCUCUUCGCGCGCUCCAAGGGGGGCAGGUUCGUGCUCCGCAUCGAGGACACCGACCUCGAGCGGUCCACCAAGAAGUCCGAGGAGGCCGUGCUCAGUGACCUCGCCUGGCUCGGCCUCGACUGGGACGAAGGUCCGGAUGUUGGUGGGGAAUUUGGGCCUUAUCGCCAGUCUGAGCGCAAUUCGCUGUACAAACAGUAUGCUGAGAAGCUGAUGGAGUCUGGUGCGGUCUACCGGUGCUUUUGCUCCAAUGAGGAACUUGAACAGAUGAAGGAAACUGCAAAGCAGAUGCAACUACCUCCUGUAUACAUGGGCAAGUGGGCGACUGCUUCAGAUGCUGAAAUACAGCAUGAGUUAGAGAAGGGGACACCUUACACUUACCGUUUCCGUGUACCAAAGGAAGGUUCAUUGAAAAUUAAUGACCUUAUUCGUGGUGAGGUCAGUUGGAACUUAGACACGCUGGGUGAUUUUGUGAUUAUGAGAAGCAACGGUCAGCCAGUGUAUAACUUCUGUGUCACAGUUGAUGAUGCCACCAUGCAUAUCUCCCAUGUUAUCAGAGCCGAGGAGCAUCUACCAAACACACUUCGGCAAGCUCUGAUUUAUAAAGCACUUGGAUUUCCAAUGCCUUCAUUUGCUCAUGUAUCACUUAUUCUGGCUCCAGAUAGAAGUAAACUGUCAAAACGUCAUGGGGCUACUUCUGUGGGACAGUACAAAGAGAUGGGAUAUUUGCCUCAGGCAAUGGUAAAUUAUUUGGCACUCCUUGGCUGGGGUGAUGGUACUGAAAAUGAGUUCUUCACUACUGAUGACCUAGUGGAGAAGUUCACUAUAAAUCGUGUCAACAAAAGUGGAGCAGUUUUUGAUGCUGUAAAAUUAAAAUGGAUGAAUGGACAACAUCUAAGAGCUCUUCCGUCUGAUGUACUCAUCAAGAGUUUUGAAGAUCGCUGGAAGGAUGCAGGCAUUCUUCAGGACUCUGAAAGUGGUUUUGCUAAAGAAGCAGCUGAGCUUUUGAAGGAUGGCAUUGAUUUGAUCACUGAUGCUGAUGCAGCCCUUUCAAAUCUGUUGUCGUAUCCACUUCAUGCUACGUUAAGCAGUGAUGAAGCUGAACCCGUGGUGCAAGAUAAGCUUUCUGAGGUUGCAUCAGCACUCAUUUCUGCCUAUGAUAGCGGUGAACUUUAUGAAGCACUAGCUGAGGGCCGUGAUGGUUGGCAGAAGUGGGUGAAAAAUUUUGGCAAGUCACUCAAAAGAAAGGGAAAGUCUCUAUUUAUGCCGCUGCGAGUACUGCUGACCGGAAAGCUUCAUGGGCCUGAUAUGGGUGGCAGUGUAGUCCUCAUUCACAAAGCAGGCACCUGUGGAGCGGUCGCUCAGCAAUCCGGUUUCGUAAAUCUUGACGAAAGGUUCAGAACCCUAAAGGAGGUGGACUGGGAGUCCCUGCUGAAGGUGCAAGAAGAGUCCUCUGCUGAAUCUGCUGUUCCUGCAUCUCCAUAGGUUGUAGUUUGUCCAGAUCCAUCUGGGAGGGGUUUACUUCUGUAUAAUAUGAAGCAUAGGGUUUACUUCCAAUUUAUACAGUUUGUGAGGAAUCUAUAGUUUCGGUUGUCAGUAGUUAAUAAAGCGAAGUUUUGCUCUCUGGUGCUGUAAUUGCCAAUUUGGAUUGGAUUGCGAGAUGACGAGGUUGAUGCUGCUGUAAUUGCUUUUCGUUUGUUGAA